GUGAGACAUUGCCCCUUAUGUGCUCACGAGGGCACGAGCCGUGUGUGAGUGUGUUGCACGUGUCUGCCAUGGAGAAGAGCCAGGAGAAGAGCCCAGGCAAGCCAGACCUGGAGCUGGGCUCACCUGGGGAAUCCAGCCUGGGGCUGCUGCCCACAGAGCCGCCUGCCCGCCCAGCCUGGAGCAGCAAAGCCCAGUACAUCCUUGCCCAAGUUGGCUUCUCUGUGGGGCUGGGCAAUGUCUGGCGCUUCCCCUACCUCUGCCACCAGAACGGGGGAGGAGCCUUCCUUCUCCUGUACCUCCUGCUCCUCUUCGUCAUUGGGAUCCCCCUGUUCUUCCUGGAGCUGGCGGCCGGGCAGAGCAUCCGCCAGGGCAGCAUUGGGGUGUGGAAGCACAUCAGCCCCCGCCUUGCUGGCAUUGGCUUUGCUAGCUGCGUGGUGUGCAGCUUUGUGGCGCUCUACUACAAUGUCAUCAUUGCCUGGAGCCUCUUCUACCUUGGCCACUCCUUCCAGUAUCCACUGCCCUGGGAGAGCUGCCCUGAUGUCCCCAACAGCACCCAGAUGGAGCCCGAGUGCGCCCGCAGCUCCCCCACAACAUACUUCUGGUAUCGAGAGGCCCUGGAUGUGUCAGACUCCAUCAGUGAUGGGGGGGGCCUGGACCUCACGCUGACCGGCUGCCUGCUGGGCGCCUGGAGCCUGGUCUGCGUGGCCAUGAUUCGGGGCAUCAAGUCUUCUGGCAAGGUGCUGUACUUCAGCUCACUCUUCCCUUAUGUGGUGCUGCUCUGCUUCUUGAUCCGGGGGCUCCUGCUGGACGGGGCGGCUGAUGGCAUCCGCGUCAUGUUCACCCCCAAGCUGUCCAUCUGGGGAGAUGUGCAGGUGUGGCGCCAGGCAGCUACCCAAGUGUUCUUCGCACUGGGCCUGGGCUUCGGCAGCAUCAUUGCCUACUCGAGCUACAACCCACGGGGCAACGAUUGCCACUGUGACGCCCUGCUGGUGGCCGCCAUCAACUUCCUCACCUCCGUGCUCGCCACCCUCGUUGUCUUCGCUGUGCUGGGCUUCCGUGCCAACAUCCUCACCCAGACCUGUGUGGUGAGGAACACGGAGCAGCUAUCCUGGCUGCUGGGUAACAAGUCCAUCCCAGGCUUGGAGCUGUCUCUGGGGAACCUCUCUGAGUUCUCCCCCUCCACGUACAGCACCUGGUACCAGGGGAUCCCUGCCGGCCUGGGGAUGAAGUUAAAGGAGUAUGGGAUCAAUGAAUGUCGGGUGGAGGAGGAGAUGAACAAGGGCGUGGAGGGCACUGGCUUGGCUUUCAUCGCCUUCACCGAGACCAUGACUCUGUUCCCGGUCCUCUUCUUCUUCAUGCUUCUGAACCUGGGGCUGAGCACAAUGCUUGGCAACAUGCAAGGCAUCCUCACCCCCUUGAUGGACAACUUUGCCCCCCUGCGCCGGAGACGCACCCUCUUCACAGUGCUGAGCUGCACCCUGGGCUUCCUGCUGGGGCUGGUAUUUGUGCAACACUCGGGCAGCUACUUCGUGGCCAUGUUCGAUGACUAUUCGGCCACUCUGCCCCUCGUUGCUGUCGUGGCCUGCGAGGCUGUGGCCGUGGCCUGGGUCUAUGGGGCAGAGAGGUUCCUAUCAGACAUCGAAGACAUGCUGGGCUGGCGUCCCUGGAAGCUCUACAGCUACAUGUGGCGCUAUGGCAGUGUCCUGGCCAUGCUGUGCCUGCUGCUAGCCAGCCUGGUCAACCUGUGCCUGGGGCAUCCCACCUACCAGGCCUGGGACCGGGCAGAGGCGGCCAAGACCAAGCUGCCGUACCCACCCUGGGCCAUGGCAACCCUUGUCUCCCUAAUCGUGGUGGCUGUCCUGCCCAUCCCUGCCCUCUACCUCUGCCAGCUGCUGCGGGAGUGGCUGGCACGGCGAGGAGGGUGCCCCAGCCUGGAGGGGAUGCUCCCGGUAGCAGACAAGGAAGAGGAGGAAGAGGAGGAGAGCCCAGCUGACCCAGAGCACCCGGCUAAUGGGUACCUGCCUGUGCAGACCGAGGACCCCCCUGAGGGUGGGGAAGAGGCCAGGGCCACCCUCUUGGGGGGGUCAAACUAACUCAGUGGAGGUUUGGCACAAGGGGGCAGAGGGCAAAGGUCAGAGGUCAUCGGAAGCAGUGUCUUGAUGCAAGUCUCCCAGCCUAUCCAGGCUUGGGGCGGGGGUCCCCUCACCAUUUGAGGGAGUCACUAUGGGGCUGGUGCCCCAUGGCACAUGCCUUCCCCAAGCAAGGCCUGAUUGCUGGAGAGAGAAGCAUUCCUAUUGGUGAAGCAUCAGAGGACACAAUCUCUGAUUGGCUGGGGAUGCAUGAUGGGGAGACAGCUCUGAUUUGGUGAAGGGAAUGGGACUGCGGCCUCUGAUUGGCGGAGCCUGAAGCCAGAACCGGUGGGGCAAUUAGGGAAAAAUGAAAGGCAGGAGAGCAGCAUUGGAUUGGUGGAUAGAAGAGAGGCAGUGACUUCUUAUUGGUGGAUCAAAGGCUGAAGCUUUGGAUGGAUAGACUGAGGGGAUGGAUGCUCCCUCCCCAGUCCUAAUGGAUAGGACCCUGGCUGGGGGAAAUGGGACAGCCUGCCUGGCAGUGUCACCCCCACCAUCCAACUGUCUCCUGUACAUUUGGGAUGGCCAUCUUGCUCUCGCCCCUUGGCAGCAAUUGGGACCGCCAUCUUGUUUGUCUACUAAUGCUUCUUAGGACAGUCAUGUUGUCUUCUUACUGAUGUCACCCAUGCCUUGAUGACCCAGAGGACCCUUCUGUCCGUGGAGGGUGCGGGAGUAGAGGCACUCUCAGAAGCACGGUGCUAACAUCCCGUUGAAACCACCAGCAAUUCAACUACCUGGGCCUGUCCACCUGCCCAUGCCUCUGGGCAGAAGGUGUCUACCUCCAAGAAACAGACCUGUAUUCACCUUGGGGGAGGUCAUGGCCUUGAAUUCCUGUCAGGGCCAAGACCAAGACAUUUCCAGGACCUGGGGCCAUCUCAGUGUGAGCUGGUGUUGACAGUGGGGGUUGACCAGCAGGCCUGAAAGGUUGGGGCUAUCAUCUCUGCCCCAACAAAAGUCAGUCCUUCUGCCUGUAGUUAAUUGUCUCAUCAGGGUAUUCUAGCUGGGACAAGGAAGGGAGAUUCCUAGUGAACCCAAGAUUGGGGCUGGGAUGGGGCCUUAGUUCCGGGAAGUUUCCUGGAUUAAGAGAGUGGGCUGGUCCACAGAGAGGAGAACAGCCUACUAUUGCUGCUAGCUGGGUGGUGUCCCCUAGCCAUGCCUGGGGCAGCCAACUUGUCUUCCUGUCAGUGCCAUUCUCUCCCAUGAUACCUCAGGUAGUCAUUUCCCUGGCCUGGAGGUCCCAGCCCCUCCACUUUGGGGGAGAGGCCAGGGCUUUUGCCAUUCCAGGUUCGAGUCCUGGAAUUAUCCCACACAACUUGGUGGGAGCAGGACUCAAACCUGGAAUGGCAAAAGUCCAGGCCUCUCCCCCAACCUGGAGAGGCUGGGAACCUCCCAGCCUCGUCCCACCAGGCUGUGGGGGACAAUUCAGAAUUCAACCCCCGCGCUGCUGAAUACACCUGCUGUGUGAAGGAAUGGCCUCAUGGGGUGGAAGUGAAGCAUGGAGAGGAGGUUUCUGGGGCCGCAGCUGCUGUCUAUGCUAAUGAUAGCAACAGUAGCAUGAGGCAAGGUCUGGGGAGCUGGAUGGCCCUAUGGCAUUACUGCUCUGACUUCUGUACUGGCGGGGUUCUUGGAGGCAACUGGACGCCGGGGCUCCAGUUCUAAAGAGAAAAAGCCCCACAGUGAUUCUAGUUCUUAUGCCCAAGGAGGGAAAGGGGCAGGAUUUCAUCACUUCCACCUCUUGCUCAUGGGGUGAGCUUGGAGUUGCCCUGAAGAAUGUAGGUACUUGGCUCCCCCAAACCUUCAUGUAGUCCAUCUCUCCCUCUGGCCAGUUCUUCACAACUCCACUGCUGCAUGUACCCUUCUCUCAACACUCCCCAGCCCUCACCAAGCUCACUGACCUCAGCCCUUCAAGGUUCGGACUCUCCACUUCUAUCUCCUGGAGCCAGAUUCUACUUGACUACAUAGCAGCAACAAUGCUUUGCGGCACCUGGAAUUCUUAGGGGGCUUUAGAGCACAGGCCGGGGCACCAGGCCCCUGGGUUAAGUUCCCAGGUCUGCCACCAACUCCCUCUAUAGUCACUGGGCAAGUUACUCGGCUGCUCUGGGUCUCAGUUUCUCCCAGCUGUGAAAUGGGGGUAAUGGUGCUUUGCCUGUUCAGAACAGAAGUUGAUCAGGGCAAGACCCAUCUCACCUGCCCUAGUGAAGCAGUGACCUUGCUCUCAGCUCUCAGGGCUGGCCAAUACCUGCCCCUAUGGGGCCUCUGAUCUUUAUGGCAGCUUGUAGGUACUAUAAGGGAUGGAGUGUUAUACUUUGUACUGUGCCAUGUAAAUGUAAGCCUGGUCAAGUGGUGCUGGGCCUCAGGACACCUGGGUUCUUUUCUCAGCUCCACUUCUGACUUUGAGUUAGUCCCCUGUGUGCCUCAGUUUCCCCUACCAGCCAUGGGUAGACUGGCAAGCUGUUGGGGUAGGUACUGACUUUCUCAGCUCUCAACCCAUGCCAUUACCAUCCCCCAUUCCCUCCAUGGACAAAAGGGAGGUGGGGAAUCUCUGCAGUGCCUGGAACAAAAAGGAUACCUUAAUUUCAUCUAGGAGCAUGACUGGGCAGUGCCUUGACCUGGGUCAGGCCAUUUUAGGUGCUAAUGCAAUGCUAAUAUUUAAGGAUGCCAAUGGAGGGAGGAAAGGGAGUUAAUGUUACACUUUUGCACUUAAGAGACAGCUGUGUGCAUCACCCAUACAUGUGUGAGUGUAGGUCAUGGCUCUCUUUUUACAUUUUGUUCAUGUCUGGCUCUGGUCACCCUUGGGAAGGGGACUAGAAUUGACCUUUGCCAAGGGACUGGGUCAAACCCUGGGUAAACUCCCUACCCCCUCCUUGCACUCUGCAGUGACAUUCCACACACGCUUUGCAUCCUGAUCAUCAUACAAAGCCACAAAUGGGCCCUUGCACGUGGGGGGAAGGGCUGUGGCUUACUUGUGCGGAUGUGACCUGGGACUCACAACUCCUUGCGUGUGGGCCUUGUGUCAGUGCCACCAUGACUUGCCUCAUCCCCAUGUGGUCAUGAAAUGUGCAAUGGCCUCGUGGUCACACCUAUGUGUGACUGGUGGCACUGAAGAGGCAUGACACCAGGGAGAAGGGCAUAGAUGUCCUCAUGCCAGCCCUGAUGCAAGGGCAUAAGGGGGGGCCUCCCACAGUUUUGUACAAGGCUGGUGUGUGUGUGUGUUGGGGGAGGGGAGGAAAUGGGGAGCAAGGACCCCCCCCCCUUGUCCUGAUGUUGUGAGCAGGGCCUGAACCCCUGCCCAUGAUUGUCACCCAAUAAAACUGGAUGGAACCUGCCUGGAGUUGCCCCGUGUCUGGUUGGCGGGGGGGGAGGUUGAUCACCCCCCCAGGAAGAUUUGUGGGGAGUGGGGUGCUGUGGCCUUGGCCAGUGAGAGUGGGGUGUGGGGGGAGGGUCAGUGGGAGCAUGGGGUGACCCUCCCCCUUAGUAGGGACCUACCUAAAAUCACAGUGACACAGGGAUUUUCGCAUGAGGAUUCAUGGUGAGUCCCCCUCCUUGCCCAUGAUUACCUGAGGGGACCCCGUAGCCACGCCCCUUGUUGCUGAUUGGCCAAAAGGCAAAAACCACACCAUAAUUAAAAGCAAAAGUCCACAGAACUACCAAAUUAGUUACUGUGUUAUUAUAAAUCUAAAUGGAAAUAUUAAUCUAGAACGUAUGAGCAAUAUGACCUGUAACUAACAACAUCAGAAUUUAUCAUUAGCAUUCUACCAAAAAAAAGUCAGGAUACAAGGAAAAAUUUCUUCACAGUUUGUGUGACCAGACUGUGGA